AUGAAACCGACGGCGUGUAUAGGGUGUCGUCUCAGAAGAAGACGCUGUGACAGGAAAACCCCCAUCUGCUCCAGUUGCAGCGAGCUCAAGAUCCCAGUGGAGUUGUGUAUCUAUAAAGACCUUCAUUCAAAUAAAAAGACAAGCAGUGGGAAAGAUGUACUAGAAGAAGUAAUUGCUGAAAAGAUACAACUGACUCGUGAGAAGUUCAAAUGGAAAAGGCUUCUAGAGGCUCAAUUACAAAAACAAACCAUUUCAAAUCAUUAUAGAUAUGAUAUGAAAGCGCAUAGCAACACCAAUAAAGUUGAAUAUAAUCAUGAUGAUGGAAUAUUACUGAAUAAAGAUUCUAUAAAUUGGAAUGGUCUAAAUAUAGAUUCAAAAGAACCUAAACCCACUAAUAUAUGUGGAUCAUUAUCUUGGGGUUCAUUAAUGGCUGUUGAACCAAAUAUGAAAUCCAUGUUAUCUAAAAUUGAUGAAGUUAUAAUUAAUGAAAAACAACAUAUAAAAAAUGCUCGUGAUAUUGUGGAAGCUCCUGCAAAAGGUAAUUACUUAGUAACAAAGAUUAAAGAAAAUUUAUAUUUGCAUACUUUAUUUGGUGAGACUGUUUUCAAAUAUGAUAUGUUGAUUGAUAGUUUAUUUAGGGAUAUUGAAUCAAAUUUACCUAAUGAAAAGGCAAUACGGCAUAUUAUAUCACAUCAAUGUAAAGUAAGUCCUUUGGAACUUGUUGGUUGGAUGGGGACAGAUGAAGAUAUAGUAUUAGAGAAACUUAAUUCAGUCAUAUCAUUUAAUAAAAAAAAUGGUUCUGCAAAAAUUCAUAUAAAUUCAUUUGAAGAUCCAACAAAAAUUGCAAAUUUAACAUAUGUACUAUCAUUUUUAAUUUUACCUGCAUAUUAUAAAGAGCAAUUAUCAUCAACAAAGAGAGAAUUAAAUGAAUUCUUAAUGGCUGAAUAUACUGAAUUAUUAACAUACAUUUUCAAUAGAAUUUCACCAGUUGAUGGAAACUCUUUACAUAUUUUCCCUCAAUUAACUCUUGAAAGAUUACAAAGUUGGUUAUACAUGAUUUUUUUCUUUAAAUUUACACCAAGUGGAAGAACAAAUGAUAAUGAUAAUCCAUUAGAUAUAACAAUGAGUAAAACUUAUGUUAUAAACCUUUGUCGAGUUAUGGGAUUAAAUACAAACAUUGAUGAAACUUUUUCUCAUCUUAGUGUUCAAUAUAGGAAAUCAAUGAAAUCAUUUUGGCAUUUAUUACAAUAUAUUGAUGCUAUGGAAGUUUUACAAACUGGGUUACCUCCAACAAUUAAACCUUCGGAAAUUAUUAGAUAUGAUGAUUUAUCAAAUGUUGUAUCUGAAACUACUUUAGUAUUGAAUAGAAUCCUUUAUAAUUAUAAUACAAUGGAUUUUGGACAAAUUAAAGAUCCUGAAAUAUUCAUAAAGAUUAUUGAGAAUGAAUUCAUCAAAGAUAUUGAAGUAUUACUGCAAACAGAAUAUGGUUCAUUAGAAGAAGAAUUAAACAUUUUGAAAUUUAUUGAUUUAGAUGAUCCACAAUGUUCAAAAGAUUUAUUAAAUUAUUCCGCAAGAUUUACUCAAAGAUUCCAUAUAUAUACAUUGAUGCAAACACUUUAUUAUUUUUGUUACAAAAAAUUAGAAUCAUUUGAUAAAUAUUCUAAAAGAAGAAUAAAAUUUGGUAUUUUAAGUAUGAAAUAUUCUUCAUUAAUAAUUUAUUUAUUACGUGAAUCUUUUAAUAUUUGGAGUACACAUAUCAAACAUCCAAAAAGUUAUGAACGUGGUGUAUCAGAAUGUGCAAUGGGUUGUUAUCCUCAUGUAAAUGUUAGUGUUCGUACAGUGUUUGCAUGUGCUGGUGGGAGAUUAUUUCAAGGUUUACCAAUUGAUGAUGCAUCAGUAAUGAAAAAUUUUAUAAUGGGUAAAAAAAUUAAUGAAGAACAAUUAUUAAAUGAAAUUUCAUUACAAGAUGAAUUUAAAAUUUUAUUUUCUUUAAAAGAUUUAGAAGAUUUAGAAAUUGAUCAUGAUGAUUUAAAAUUAUUUGAAAAAUUUUCUAUAUUGGCAAAUCAUAAAUAUAUUAUUUUUAGUUUUAGUAAAAUGAUUAGUGAAAUUUCCACAAAGUUUUUCCAAGAUGAUUCAAACAAAACAGUGGGGAGAUUAAAUGUUGUGUUUUUUUACUUGUUAAAGAUUACAAGUUUUUUCUUAAAUUCUUCAUUUACAAGUGAUGGUAAACCAAUUGAAAAUGAACAUUUUUAUAUUGGUUUUAAAGAUCCAUUGAAAAAAAAUACAGGUAUUAAUAAUUCAAUAAAGAAUUCAGAAUUUACAUUUGGUCAAUUAUUUGAAGAAACUUUAAAUACAUCAUCAACAAAUUUUGAUUUUCAAGAUUUUUUCAAUUUUACAAAUUUUAAUGGAUUUGAAUCAAAUGAAAUUGAUGAUUUUUUAUUAAAUUGUGAUACUGAUUUUAAGUUUUAA